AUGAAAAUAGUCAUCGCUCUUUGUGUCCUCUUUGUUGGUGCAUAUUGUGUACCUGUACUCGAUGAACAACUCAAUAAUCAAUGGAAUUUAUUCAAACGUGUUCAUGAAAAACAAUAUAACUCUGUCGAAGAAGAAGCUAAUCGCCGAAACAUUUGGGAAGCUAACCUUGCUAAAAUCCAAAAACACAAUCUUGAAGCUGACUUAGGCAUUCACACUUAUACUUUAGGAAUGAAUCGAUUCGGUGAUAUGACUCAUGAAGAAUUCAAAACACAAAUGAAUGGAUUCAAAAUGUCAGCUAAAACUGAAACAACUGAAUUCGAUCGUCAUACAUUCUUAGCUCCAUCAAAUGUUGCUAUUCCAGAUGCUGUUGGUAUGUUUUUCUUUCAUUGA